AUGGAUGUCGCUCGUACGUCCAUGAUCCAUGCGGCUGCCCCCCAUUUUCAGUGGCCGUUUGCGGUUCGCUACGCGGCGCAUCAGAUCAACCUUCACCCCAGGGUAUCCAUGCCGGACACCUCCCCAGCUUUGCUGUGGAUGGGGAAGGUUGGCGAUGCGUCUGCGUUCCGUGUCUGGGGAUCUCGGGCGUUUGUCCGCGACUUGUCUGCGGACAAGCUGUCCCCUCGUGUUGCUCCUUGCGUCUUCCUUGGCUUCCCCCCUGACGCGCCAGGGUGGCAGUUCUACCACCCCACCUCUCGCCGUGUUCUGUCCUCCCAGGACGUCAUGUUUGACGAGUCGGUCCCCUACUACCGCCUCUUCCCCUACCACACUCCGUCCCUCCCCCCGCCACCGCUCUUCCUUGUACCAGGUCACCCCCCGGUAGACCCCCUCCCCCCUCAGGGUCCUGCCCCUUCAGGUGUGUCCCAGGUAGACGCAGUCGAGCCUGUCGAGGUUACUGCCUGCGGGUGCUACUACUAG